AUGACAAAACGAAAAGGAACCAAAAAACCCAUUGAUCCUUCGAAACUAACCCCUCAAUAUAUUGAAGAACAACGUCGAAUACGAAAUGAAAGAAAAGAGCGGGAAAGGUUAGAGAAGGAAGCUAAAGGUAUAUUUGAUUCACCUGAACCAAUAGAGGAAUUUAUCAAAAGACCUAUCUUGCAGUUGCAGCCUCUUGACAAUGAUAGAUUUAGUCUCAAAAUCAUGUCAUACAAUAUCUUGGCUCAAUGUCUUAUCCGUCGUGAUUUAUAUCCAACCAAUGGUAAAAUACUCAAAUGGUCUCUUCGUUCAAGAAUUUUGCUUGAGGAAUUACGUUGGUACGACCCUGAUAUCCUUUGCUUACAAGAAUGCGAUAAGAUUCAGUAUCUUCACUUCUGGCAGGAAGAAUUGCAAAAGCUGGGUUAUGAUUCCAAAUUUUAUCGAUACAACACUAAAAAUCAUGGUUUGGUAAUUGCUUUCAAACAAGAUUGGUUCAUUUGCAGACACCAGUCUUAUAUCAAAUAUGAUCAAGAAUUCGAGUAUGAGCAAAAUGAACCAAGACUACCAGAACCAAGAAUCGUUACAAAUAAUGUUGGAUUCAUGUGUUUUUUGGAAUUCAAACCAUCUCUAGUGCAGCAAUAUCCAUAUUUGGCGGAAAGAAACGGCAUGAUAAUAGGCACAACCCAUGCUUUUUGGCACCCGUUUGGGACAUAUGAGCGAACAAGACAAAUGUAUAUACUCUUACACAAGUUUAAGGAAUUUCAACGAGUAUUGACUGUGAUAAAGGGAAAUAAGAAGCCGUUUUAUUCGUUCUUCACAGGCGAUCUAAACUGUGAGCCAUUUGAUGCUCCAUAUCUUUCAAUGACCGAAAAGCCGGUCCAGUACGAUGGACGAGCUAAGAAUUUUUUAGGGUGUUCAUUGAGCUAUACUUUUUCAAAAGAGCGGGCAUUGGAUAGUGAACUGGAGGAGGAGAAGGAUUCAAGUGGGGGCACCGAAGGUAGUGAACCUAGUUCAAGUGAUGAAGGUAAAUUAGGACUGGAAUCUCACGAGUUCGGGAUGAGUGAGUCUGAGACCACUAGACCAAACAAUCCUCUGGAUCCAGAACCAGAAUUGUUCACCACUACAAAAGAGCAGGAUGAGCUAAUCCAACAACUCGAGGACGCCCACAACGGUAUCGACCUUCGCGCAAUAUCAAUGUACUCUGCUGGCUAUGCAGUUGUGCACCCAGAAAAUGCUACUGAAUCUCGCAAUGAGCCAAGCUUUUCUAACUGGGUUGAGAAGUGGAGUGGAAUGCUCGACUAUAUCUUAUUGUUAGUUCCGUGGUCAAGAGAUGAAGAUCAUACAAAGAAAUUGGAUUCACCCCUGUCCCUUGAACAAUAUAACAUUAAAUUAACGAAAUUACUAAAACUACCCACUGCUGAUGAAAUGGGACCUAAGCCAAAUGGACAACCUCGAUUAAACCAAUACCCCUCUGACCAUUUAUGCAUUAUGGCAGAAAUUCAACUAUUAUAA